AUGCAAGCAAAAAAAGCACAGACCUAUACACCAGGCAACUACAAUGAGUGCUCAUAUGAGAACGAUUUCGCAAUAUUCGAGUUGAUCCAACCCGUGCCAGAGGGCAUAGCGACACCUGUUUGCAUGCCGCAAACUUCCACGAAAAUCGCCAAGCAUCUCAAAUCAGCUGGAAUCGGAGCGACAAGCCCCAAUGGCACAGCUCAGGAUAAUAAUGGCUAUCAAGUGGUAAACGUUGAUCUUUCACAAGAGAAAGACGGUGAGAUUGUUGUUGCAACUAAACCUGGUGUAGGUUCAUGCAAUGGUGAUAGCGGAGGUCCAUUGUUCCAAACCGACAGAAAGAAAAAGAUCACCGUUGUUGGAGUGCUGUCGAGCGGUGAUUCGUGUGAACCCAAGGACAAAUCAUGA